AUGAAACCAACCACCUUCUUGGCCUUCCUCGCCCCGGCCGCCGUCCUUGCGGAAUCACAACAACCCGCGUCCGCCGCCAGCCUCUCUUCCGAAUUCGCACACAACUCUCCCGCCGUCUCAUUACCAGAGCUCGCUCCCCAACAAUUCGCUCCAGUCGUGGAUCGCGACUUGUCCACAGACGAUAUGCGCAUGCUAGCCGCACGGCAUAUCCUCCAGGCACGCAGUGAGGGUUCCCUAGGCCAGACGCCGUGGAUUGGCAUGGCUAUCGGGUUAACCUUCACUGCUCUGGCGGCUGUGAUGCUUGGAUGA